GGAGGGGAGAGAGAGAGAGAGGGAGGGAAGGAAGGAAGAAAGGAGAGAGGGAGGAAGGGAGGGGAGCUGAGCUGCCGCCGCCACCACCAGCCACUCUGUCGCUUUGCUUUCUGCAGCUGGUGCCGAGGAGGGGGCAGCCGCCGGCAGGCGUCCCAGCAUGCUGAAAGUCACCAUGCCCUCCUCCUCCUCUUCCUCCUCAUCCUCGUCCUCCUCCGGCUCCUCGGCUGCCGGUCGCCCCGGCUCCGCUACGUCCGAUUACUGGAUCGACGGCUCCAACAAGGACACCCUGGCCCACUACUUCGAGCUGGAGUCCGAGCUGGGACGUGGGGCUACAUCCAUUGUCUACAGAUGCAGGCAGAAAGGGACCCAGAAACCUUACGCCGUCAAAAUGUUGAAGAAGACAGUAGACAAGAAGAUUGUCCGCACAGAAAUCGGAGUUCUUCUUCGCCUUUCGCAUCCAAACAUUAUAAAACUGAAGGAGAUAUUUGAGACUCCUACAGAAAUCAGUCUGGUUCUGGAAUUGGUUACAGGUGGAGAACUAUUUGACAGGAUUGUGGAAAAGGGUUACUACAGUGAACGAGAUGCUGCUGAUGCUGUUAAACAAAUCCUGGAGGCAGUUGCUUACCUGCAUGCAAAUGGCAUUGUGCAUCGUGACUUGAAGCCAGAAAAUCUACUCUAUGCAACACCAGCACCAGAUGCACCACUAAAAAUUGCUGACUUUGGACUUUCCAAGAUUGUGGAAGAUCAGGUGACCAUGAAGACAGUUUGUGGAACUCCAGGGUACUGUGCACCAGAGAUACUACGGGGAUGUGCCUACGGCCCUGAGGUGGACAUGUGGUCUCUGGGGAUUAUCACCUACAUCCUACUUUGUGGCUUUGAACCAUUUUAUGAUGAAAGGGGAGAUCAGUACAUGUUUAAGAGGAUCCUGAACUGUGAAUAUGACUUUGUGUCCCCCUGGUGGGAUGAUGUUUCCCUGAAUGCCAAGGAUUUAGUUAAAAAGUUGAUUGUUUUAGACCCCAAGAAACGCCUCAGCACUCUACAGGCUUUGCAGCACCCAUGGGUCACAGGGAAGGCAGCAAACUUUGCACAUAUGGACAAUGCACAAAAGAAACUUCAAGAAUUCAAUGCCCGGCGUAAACUUAAGGCUGCAGUAAAAGCCGUGGUGGCAUCAACUCGCCUCGGCAGUGCCAGCAGUCACAGCGCACAUGACAGCAACAAGCCCAGCCAUAACCCAUCUCCCGUCCAUGAUGGCAAACCUGAAGAGAAACCCACUCAGGACGAAGAAGCAGCUCCAGAAUAAAUGUCUUAAGUUAAUGUGCUUCCUUGUAUCAGCUGAGAUUUGUCAUUUCAUACACCAGCUAACUUGUCAUUCAGCAAGAGAGAUUCGUAAGCUUGGCCUCUCUGGUUCUGCUUUGGGGUGCCAAAUGCACUGGCUGGUGAUCCUAUCUUCAAUGCAUGUGACUGCUUAUGAAAAUAGUAAACUGUUCCAUAAGGCAUGUCAUGGAAACAGUGUUAUUUGCAGUAAUACUGGCAGGUAAAAACAUGGGGAUUAAAAACUACCUACCAUAAUGCAUAUACUUCAUAUACAUCUAUCUAGUGUUUCUAGAUGGCGUUUGAAACAAAAUACUAUUUAAUUUUGUUCUGUGGAAGUAGUGUCUUCUGUAUGUCAUGAGUUUCUUUGAACUGCUUCCUUCGAGAUUCAUAGUCCUGCAGCAGACGAAAUGGAAGGAAAUACUAAGCCAAUGCUUUUAAAACUGAUGUACAAAAUAAUGCUUUUUAUGUGUAAUAUUCAAAAAGUAUUUGGGGAUUUAUAUGCAAAAAACAUUCCACUACUUCUGGGAAGAAAUUAUAAUGUUAGUUCCACUGGGCAUUAAAAUGUACAUUGCUCAUGCUUGUGUUAGGAAUGCCUUAUUCUGACUUUUCCUGUUUAUAUACAAUAUUUUAAUGACAACCAAAAUUACUCAGACUUCUACCAUUUCAUUCUCUAGGAAAGUGUUAGCAAAAUAAAACAAUAGACUAAAAGAGGAUUCGAGUAGAUGCAAAUUUUUGAAAUACCAUUAUAUUUACUCAUUAAAUUCUAAACUGUGCAGCUAGAAGACAUUUUUAUAGGGCCUAAGAGAAUAAUCUGCGAUUAUACAAGUUGUAAAUGCUUGAAGGAAGACAUUCCACAACUUAAUUAUUUUGCUCUGGGGAAACACUCUUAAACAAGGUCUCGGAGCAAGUAGUAUAAUCUAGUUGCUUCCCAGAUUGUUCAGCCUCAUGAGUAACCAGUUUCCACUUGUCAGCAAAUUUGUCCAGGUUUUCCUAACAAAGGACCCCUCCUACAAAAUGAUCCACCAGCACAUAUCUUGCAUCCACCCAGAGCUCCUGUGUUUUAAGUUAAAAGCUGUGUGCAUGGAUCAGCUUGAAAAAUUAGGGUCAGGCUCUUCAGCUAUCUUGAUUUUUUUGUUGAACAUAAUUGAUGGGAGUUGAAAAACUUAACAUGGGUCAGUAUUUAUGACCAUUUACAUGUGUUUGUUAUUACUUCAAUAGCAUGUGAAUUUCGUAUUGUUACCAAUAUAUUACAGAAAUGGCAAAAAGAAUCUGAUGUAGAACAAUGUCAUUUGUAUUUGUUAAACUUUUUAACACCAAUAGUUACCUAAUACCCUAAUACGCUCAACAUUCUUCUUUGCUUUGUUUUUAUGUCAAUUUAGGCCUUGCACAACUUGCCUUGAAAAAUUAUAAUAUAUCAGCUACUGAAAAAACAAGUCAUGGAUAAAACAUUUAGUAGCUACAUUUCCUGAUGAAAUUAAAAGGUAAUGCAAUGUUAUUCAUAUGGUAGGUUUGAUAAAUAAAAUGUAAGCUAGAGUAAUAUAAAAAGGAAGAUUAAAUACUGUCUUUACUAGGUGAGAAUUCAUGCAAAUGACUGUAUUGUACUUGAGAAUUUUAUCCAUGUCUUGUAACUCUUCAAACUUGUACAAUAAGGUUUGUUAAUUAAGCACAGUUAGAAAUUUAAAGUACAUGCAUCCAUCCUUUUCCCAGGUGACACACUUUGAGGUCUGCUGAAACAGCUGUUGGGGCAUGGCAGCUGUGAACAGGCCAGCAAGACACUUUUGCAGAUUUUCCCUUGAAAACAAGUACAGUAAGACAAAUCACUUUGGAGAAGGUGAUAGGUACAUACAUCUGUCUCACUUCUUACUAUCUUUCUUAUCUCCUGUGAGGUGACUGCAGGACAAGUGCAUUUCUCAGCCAGAGGUCUCCUCCCCUGGUUACAAUGGUGAAACCAUCCAAGUUUGGUUGGUGGGGAGGUUUGGCAGGAGAAGUUGAAUUUCUGUAAGAUUUCCUCCUUUAUUUAGGAUAAUUGCUUCUAAUCUGCAGAAGUGGAGCCAGCUGCACAGUCAUUGCAUAUCUAUGAGUGCUUGAGCAGAAAUAUCUUCAUCUGAGGCAUAGUUUAUUGAGCUGAAAAGUAGUCCCAGCUGAUUCUUAAAGUUAUUCUCUGCUAAAUUAUACCAUAGCAUAUCAUAAAUAUGAACUGAUGCUAUUCAACUGGAGACCUCUCUGUGACAGCAUGAUCUCAGAGGCAGCUCAGUCUUGUGCGUAAAGGCUCCAGGGCUUCAGUUGUUUUUGCUUAGUUUUCUUUUAUUAUGCUUAGUAUGAAACAACCAGGAUGUAUGUGCUGAACGAAUUACCAAUAUGUGACUCAGUAAAGUAGUAUGCCCGAUUUAUGAAUGACAAAAGUAUACAGAAGGAAGAGCAGUGUCAGGGCGUAUGCAUGUAACUAAAGUGUUAUGUGCUUUUUUUUUUUUGUCUGAAAAAUCACAUUGUGGUGGCAUCUGUCAUAAUUUAGACUUGGGAGUGCAACACCAGUGUCUUACUGUGGCAGAAAAAUAUAAACACGCCGAAAAACUGCUGGAGGUGGAUUAGUUCCACAUCUGUGAUUAUAAACCAGGUAGAAAAUUACUGAUGCUCUUUUCUGUUGAAAUCCUAAGCUUUAAGUUUUUAAUAUGUUCAACACAUGAGCAAAGUCCUUCAAGUGCAAAAGGGGGAACCUUGCCAUCAUUUUGAAGUUUUCAAACUUAGCAAAACUUUUCCUUUAGAGUCAUAUUGUAGUAUUAGCCAAUUAAAAUAUAAUACGCGAAAGCUGGGCUGAGGAUAUGAUGGCUGUUAAAUGGCUAACAAUGUACUGCCUGUGCACAACAGGGUUUUUUACAAGUUCAGAAAUAUUCACUCCAAAGUAGAACAGGUUUCCUGUCAUUUUGAACACUUUUGCUUGUACUUUUGUGGAUGACACCGUAGAUUGCACUGCAUGAGCCCAGUGCUGGUUUGUUAGCUGAAAUUUGUACCUUGCAUUGUGCAAACAUGCUCUAAAGACACAGACACACCAUAAUCAAACUUUUAAAUGCCAAAGCAUCAACAGAAAAUGUUGUGAUACAGUGUGUACUUCAGAAGAAGGGUACUAAGAGCUCUGUCCCCACAAGCAAGCAGGCUGUUGGGCACAUGGAGAGGAGUGACAAAAACUGGACAGCAUCCCCUCUACAAGGAUCCCAUGCCUUGGUGAAUAAAUCAAAGUCCUCUGCAAAACCAUGGGGUUCUAGAGCAAGAUAAAUCAGUGACCAAAACAUUUUUGGAAAGGGCUAUCAGCAGGGUGAAGCAUAGAUGCCGCUGUCAGCCCGGGAGGAAGUGAGGACAACACAGCAUUUUCUGCAGCCCAGCAGCAGGGAAAGGAAAGAGGAUGCUAGAGCUGUCAGCAUCCAACUUAGAAGAUGGGUAGCAGUAUCUGCUAAGCAGCAAAUGCAGGAGGACUCUGGAGAAUAAAUACCCAUUUCCAAGUAACGAUUAACUGUCCCUCAGCUCCCACACAUAUCUAGGACAUGCUGUUACCCAGAACCAUACAGUGCAGUUCUUGGGAGCUUUUUCAGAGUGACAUAGGAAAGUGUAGGGGGAGGAAUCUCAGCAGGUCCUUGCACAGUGUCCUGGACAUUGCCUGCUUACAGACUGAUGGAUGCUCACAAGUCUCAGUGCAGUGCCUUGACCCCUGUUUGUGCAGAGGCUGUGUAUUUCUCCUGGUGAAAAGACUGUUUUGUGUGAUUGAGUCUGCCUUGUUGCUGCUCAGGUUACAAGUGUAUAGCUCAUGUAGGCUUGGCGUUUAAGUAGCAAAAAGUGUCUCCUAAUGUAGAAGAAAAGCAGGAAUGAAGCUGACCAAGAGAGAUGCACAGCUGUGCCUGGAGAACAAUGACAGGGAUACAAGCAAGUCCAGAAGAUACCAAAGGUAAACAAAGAGACAGCUCAGAACACCCUUAAAGUGGCUUUAUAAAACAAAAACAAUGAGCAUUACUCAGCUGGAACUAAAACCAUAGUGUUUAACAUUCUUGUAUACGCGAAUCAUCACUGGGUGAAAUUCAGUGUAAUGGAUAUCAAGGUAUGAAAGAUUAAUAAAUACAGUGGUUACUGAGUUUUCCCCAGUUCUGGCUUCUUCAUACCAAGACACAGCUAGGAAAAGAGUGCUUCAGUGCCCUCAUCCUUUUGCAUGCUCAGGACAUGGGCCAAAGUGGGGUAACAUGACAAGUACAGCAUUUUGUAAUGGGUUAGAGCUGCACUAAAUUGCACCAGAGACCCCUGCCCAGCAAUGCUCCAUCCACAGCUCAUAUGACUGAGAACUGUCAAUCUAAACCUUAACUUGUAUAUCAGAAAGAUGUUUACUGGCCAAGGUGUAUUAAACAGCAUGUCUUUGCUCCUGUUAAAUAGCAUAGAGCUCCUUCUGUAGUAUCAGCUACGUUUUUGUGUCUGCUAAGAAAUUACAGCAUUCUUCAGUGUUAUAUGGUGAUACAUUAAGAGCUUAAAAGAAAAGUAUAUUUUCUGUUUUGACAUUUUACACUUUUCAAGAACAAGUGUUAGCAUGCAUUCAUGGCCAAAUGGCUUGUUGUUUUUCUUCCCCUUUAUGCUUGGUCUUUUUUUCCUGGCUGUGGAUCCUAUGGGACACUGAGGAAGAGCUGUUAGCUGCCGGUCAGUGGGAGAAGAACCAUCUGACUCUUGGCUGCAGCUGCACUGCCCUGACAAAUCUGCUGUUGCCCUUGGGUCUGUCAGAUGGUUUUGCUCCUGCUCGUUGAGUUGCUUGUGCUCCCAAAAGAAUCUGUGUUUUACUGGCCAACUAUAAAUAUGUUCCUCUGUGAGCCACCCUUGCUGUGAUAAGUCAUCAUCACUCAGUACCGAGGGAAAGGUGUUUCUCUUUUCCCUUCCUGUUUCCUAGAGUCAUGCUGUUUUCUGGUGCCUUCUGUUUCCUUUCUCAAGAACCUAUACCAGGCUGACAGAAAUAGACCAGUGCUGUGCAACAAACGCCAGACAGAAGAAGAAAAGUAUUCAGUUCCUUGAGCUAGUUUCUCAGUAGAAAAUGAAGGCACCUGGGCUGCUGGAGGCACUUUGGUUGUAUAAGCUGCUGAUGCUGGGGGUGAGGGCUUCAGAGCAAAGUGGCACAAGAACAGCAACACACCAGGUUCUGCUCCUCAACACCAGAAAGCUCCUUCAUCAACAAUAUCUUUUUGGUGGAGAAGAUGUUUAGUAGAGGUUUAGUCCAAUCCAAAGAAGGACAUCAGGCUUAGGAACUCUGAAAAAUACAGUGUGUGCUAUGACCAAUGAUCUUCUUAAUAUCAUUUACUUAGUACUGCUUGAUAUAAUUAUUAUCAUAUUUUUAUGCAGUGUUGCCACAGGAAAUAGCUAAGUCAGUUCAUAACACUUGGUCCCAUAUAUUGUCUGCAGCUGUAAGUAAUGAUCUGCUUCAUAGUACAGAACUACGUGGAGCCAAUCAUUGAAUCUGCAUAUGUACAUACAGGGGAAGUCUAUUGAAGAGAAAAAAUACUGUAAUUCUUAUCCCCAUGCUGGGUGGAUCUGGGAUGGCUCUUCUAACUGAAAUCACUGUGUCGUAGACUGGAGGCAGUUAUUCUGGUAACUCAAAAGCUGGGGCAAGCCAUUGGGUGUGAUUUACAGCUGCCAAUGGCAUGUGAUCUUUCCCAGAGACAAUAUGCUCCAGUAGCCUCUGGGUCAUAUUUAUUCAUCUACAGAACUGUGCAUGGGUCUGCUUAAUUCUCAGCCUUCAGUAUCAUCUUCCAUGUACUUUUGAGCUACUCCUUCUGAAAUAAAGCUUUUUCAUAAGUUAAUUGUGCAUAGGUGCUGGGCACCACACUAACUGUGACAAGUCAAUGUUAUUUUAAUCCUGCUCAAGGAAUUCUCUCUCUCCCUCCUGGAUGAGCCAGAGAAGCUGUAGGUUUUGCAGAUCUCCAGUGAUCAAAUUACUUUAUCAAGUUACUGUACUUAACUAACCAAACAGGGUACAUGAAGAGUAGAGUGGAAAGACUCCUGGUGGUUGAAGAGCCAUAUAGCUGAGGCACUGCUGUUAAGCUUUGUGUUACACUCCUGCCUGAAAUUAACCAUAAUGAUGAGCCCAAUUGGCCUCAUCACAGCAGUAAAGGCACUCAUGAGAAUAUCUGUGCAGAUUAAGGCACAGUUUUUGUAGUCAUUAACCACAAAACCCUCCAAAAUUUAGCUCCAAAUAGCUGUAUUGCACUGUGAGAAAUUACAGCUACUGUACCUGCAAGAACCAAGCUACCUGGGAACAAACAUCCCAAGGCAUGAUUUUGUUACUUACAAAUGCUAACUUUGCAUGAAUGAGCACAACCACCAACACAAAUCCCUAAGUACCUCCAAACAAUAAGCACCCACAACAAAAAGAAGCAGGGGAUUUUGCUAAAGAGCACACCAAAGAGAGCUUCUUGGCUUUGUCUGGACAAGAAAUAGGGUGAAAAGUGUUUUCUCCAAGGUCUCAGGUUCCCUGAUUUCUGUUCUUUUCCAGACAUUGCCAUCAGCCAGGUUAAUGAAAGUAGCACAAAUAUCCAAUGCCAGCCUCCUCUAGAUGGAAAAAUGUCACCACUGACCUCAUUUUUCAUUUCUAAGACAUCAAAGCUGGUUUGUUUGCACUAUUAAUAUGGCUUCCAGUCUCUUCCUCAGCUUGCUAUGGAGUCUGAAGUAGUUUUUAAUGCUGAACGGGAGUUUGUCCAGAAACAUUUUGUGAAACCAAGCAAAUGGACUGUAUGCAUAUUUAGAAAAAAAUACCUUUGAAGAGUUUUCUAAAUUCUGCUGCAGCAGUGUCCUCCCUGAGAAGUGUCAUACUUGGGAAUGAUGUUGCAACCACCAGCCUACUGCCCUCAGCGUAGUGGUGGAUGCCUUGUUUGCCCCUCUCAAAUUUACCAUCUUUGCUGCAUGAAAACAGUAAUUACAAACUAAGAGAUUUUUUGCUGAUAGUAAUUAGAAACAAAAACAGUUAAACUACUAGCUCCUGAGAGCUAACUCCAGCUGUGUCUUCAUGCUAUUGUGCACAACAGGAACCACUUCCUUUUUCACACCACAUGUACAUGAGAAGUCAUGCUAGUACUUCUGAUUAAAUAGCAGCAAUUUCAUAUAGUGUUCCAUAAGGGACAUUGUUUUGGAGUUUGGUUGUUUUGAGUUUUGUUUUCUUCUUUUUUUUUUUUUUUCAGAACACCCGGUAUUGAGAGGCCUAUGCUUGUGAGAAAAUUAACUUUGCAGUGAUUAGGUGCUCAGGGAGAAAGGAAAAUGGAGAUGUUGAGGGUGAACCACAGUCCCUCAGACUAAGAUAAAUAGCAUGGUCUUUCAGAACAGGUUGAUCCCACUGACGAGGGAGUGGGAGAAGUGGGGGAAGAGACAGUGAGCCUUUCUCACCUGAGCAAGGAGUUUGUUAGGCCCAAGGAGCUGUAUACCACCAUGCCCCAAGGAGCUACACCACCAUGCCCUUGUAAGCCUGGGAAGCAACAAACAGAGUCUGGCUGGCUGCUCCAGACCCACAAUAAGGAAGUUAUCAGCUUAAGCUGGUUUUAACCUGAAGAGAUGUGAUACAUUAAGGGCUUAUGUCUGGCUUAGCCGUGGUUUGGAGGCUCCUGGUGAGUCUCAGCUUUGAGUCUGGAUGAGGACUAAGACCAUAAGCAGAGAUUUUUGUGCUUCGGUUAAUUCAAGAGGAAUAUAUGCUGGAUGGUUAGGGUAUGUGCUAAUGCUUUCAAGACAAACAGAAAAAUGGUGCUAUUGACUUGUAACACAAAGAUUUUUAUAAGCCUGUUACAGAAGCUUAUUGAUCUCAGAGAAAUGACAGCUGGACUCUUAAUAACAAUUAAAAAUGUCAUAUAUCUAUCAGACUUCCUCCAGUCAGCUCCAUGUCCUGUGUACCUGAUUCCUUUUACUGCUUAAUGUGUUAAGAAAUCCCGUCCUGUCCGCACUGUUUGCUUGUACUAGCAAAGAUGUUAGCAACUAGAUAACUGUACACUUUUACUUCAGACUAAGCCUAUUUGUGUAGUAAAUUCUCUGAUACUGUGCAAAUGAACCAGAGAGAAAUUUGAACCAGAGAAAAACUGACAGUUAUGUUGUUUCAUUGUAUUGUAUUUGGGACCAAUGUACCUGCUUGUGUGCCUGCAUGGAAAUGCUGAUAAGCCAUGGAAAUAUGCUCUGAUGGUGGGAAGUCUAUUUUUAAUAAGUGUGUUGCAUGACUGAUCUGAUACUAAAUAAACCAGUAAAUCUAGAAA